AUGUAUAUAAAAUUUCCAGAAAAUUUGAAUCAGUUUUUUGAAACUCAUGACGAACUUACUUCAGAAUCGGAUUAUGAUAAAAUAGAGGAGGAUUCGUGCUCUGAAGAAGAAUUAGAAAAUACAAGCGAUGAGGACACCACAUCUACAGAUCCUAAUAAAACUCUUUCAAUGGCCUUAAAAGAUCUUGUUAAAAACUCCAACAGUGUUGUAAAUGCAAAGAAAAAUAAAUUAAGAGAGGUCUAUGAAAAUGAUAUACAAAAAGCAAAAAGCAGUGACCAUUCUUCUUUUCAUGUUUUUUCAUUUGACUUUGCCCAGAAUAUAGAAUUAUCUCAUAAUCCUCAACAGCCUGGCUCAUGGUAUUAUCUAUCAUUGCUAAAAAUACAUCAAUUUGGCUUAGUAGAUGAAGACAAUUGCAGUGGCCAAAAUAAAAAUUUUUGUCUUCUUUGGUAUCUUCUUUGGUUAUGUGAUACCAAGAUAUUUCAUAAAAUUGAUUACCAAUUCCAGAUUAAGGGUUAUAUAAGAAACUCUGUUGAUCAUGGAUUUGGUCAUACUAAGCAAGAGUAUGCAAAGUCAGAAGCUUGGUGUAUUGAUCAUCUAGUUGAUAUAAUAAACAGAAGUGCAAGUAAUAAUAUUUCUGUAAAUUUAGAAGAACAUACUGAACUCUUUUGUGAUUGGACCUCAGCACUUACUUCAAAAACUUCCACCGAAAGGUUUUUCAGAAGAAAAACAAGUAGAUUUUGGAACAAAAUUUGCCCAUAUUGUCCAACCGAAUUUCAAGAUGAACUUUGUCCAAGAUCUACAGAUGAUGCAAUAAAGAGGGUUGGAAAAUUAAAAGGAGAUCGUGCAAAAGAAGCACAGAGUAAGCGGAAGAAAAAAAAUGAGAAUGUAAAUAGAUAA